AACUGCAAAGAGCGGGAAAUCUUGAUCUUUUCGAACUUUUUUGUGUUAAAUUUAGGUGAUAAGAACUUAUUCAAGUCGCAUCCAAUCUCCCACGGUUAUUCUCAUUGGGAAAUUAAGCCUUUUCUCCCAACAGACCGUGGAAAACUGUAGCACCAAAAGGUCGCCAAAACAGACGCGCCGGGAAGGAUUUUAUCGUCAAAAGAAAGUAAACCAACAUGGAAAUCUUGAGCCCAGAACCUUCCUCCUCGCACGGUACGAGCGUGGCCCAGAAAGUGCGGUCACGGGACGCAGCGCGGCGCUACAAAUACGGCUCCCCGAAACUCGUCGAUCUGAUGCGCGAGAAAUGCCGCAUCCGCAUCAAAGAGGCACGCAAUGACCAGUUUCUGCGGAAGCGCAACAUCGCCAAGGAGGAACAGGCUUUCGUCGAGUCGAUCGUGCGCGAACAGCUGUCGGAGCUGGAGCAGGACAUCGCGCUGCAGGAGCUGAUCUAUCAGGAGCUCAUGCAGGACACCGACGAGUGGCUGUUUGCGGAACAGUCGGAAAACUAUCUCAUCGAAGCGUACGAAACCGACUCCGUGUUCUGUCCGAUUUGCGAACGGCGAGUGCUUCAGCUGGACCUGCCUGGGAAGUCGCUCUCGUGCGAUUGCGGCGUGAAGCUGCGGUACGACCAACCGACGACGGAGGAGUUUGCCAAGCUGAUCGCCGAAACGCUUGCACAACACACGGCCCGGUGCGAGAACAGCAUCCAGUUCUUCACCGAACCGAUCGUCGACGAGGAGUACGUGCAGCUCAAUGCCUUCUGUCCCUGCUGCGACUACUACCGUGGAUUGACGUGCUAACCGACAAAGCCUGGAAGCCUAUUUAUUACGUUAUGCGAUUAUUGUACAUGUUUUGUCUCUUUUUAUGUAAUUUAUCUUCGUUGAACGAUCAUCGUCCUGCAAGACGUUUUGUAAACACACAUCGACACUUCCCGUGGAAGCAUAGACAAGGGGUAAGGAAAAUAAAGACCAUCCCCCGAACAUU